AAAAGGACGCAAAACAGUGCACUGUUUUUCGGUUCAUAAAUCGUCGAAACGAGAUGGAACCACUAAUAUUGCAUUUAAUUUCUUUCGUUGACACUUUACGCGCCAUUUUAAUCUUACUACUUUGUAAAUACAACAACACGUGUACAGUGAGUCAUUGUUCUAAUACCGAGUAAAUUUUUCGAGAGAACCAUGGAUAAUUGGAGGUACGUAACAGCUAUUGGCAUAAGCCAUUGAGCUUGCAUGAUCUUUUGCUCGAAGUUGAGAAUUUAGAUGUAGACGAGGCUGACAAUCAUACUCCUGUUGAUAUAGUUCUUCUGCCACCUGAAACCGCAAACGAAGACCAUACUGACGAAGAUUCAGGGGAUGAAGAGUCUGUUCAGAUAAGUAAUCUUCCUGGAAGUCAACUGCGCGCUCCUGUUGAUAUUAUGUGUCGUGAUACUGGUACAAGUGAAACAGUGGCUACGGAUUUGAACUCCGAUGAUGACGAUGUACCUUUAUCAAUAUUGUGUGGUAGAUCUACGUAUAUCGCACCUCGGGAAGAAUCUAGCAGUGAAAGUGCAACCACUGCAAAGAAUUUCGUUUGGAACCAAAAUGCAACACUUCACACUUUCCAACAUUUUAUCAAACCGAUAGGGCCGGAACACAGUAAUACUCCCUUGGAACUUUUUCAAUUAUUUUUUGAUAAAGAAGUUAUGAAUCUCCUAUGCUUUCACACUAAUAAUUACGCAAAAUACAAUAAUAGUCCAGGAGAUAUUACUGUUGACGAAAUCUACUGUUUUGUAGGUGCGUUAAUUCUUAGUGGUUACGUUAGACUACCAAAGCGCUUUAUGUAUUGGGAGAUUGCGGACGACUGUCAUAAUAAUUUGAUCGCAACUGCUAUUUCGCGAGAUCGGUUUACAUAUAUAAUGAAGAAUCUUCAUUGCUGUGAUAAUAAUUUUCUAAAUGCCUCCGAUAAAUUUGCAAAAGUCAGACCACUUUUCAAUUCAUUGAAUGAGAGAUUUUUGUCCAAGUGAGGAAACUUAUUGUGUAGAUGAAGCUAUGAUUCCGUAUUAUGGUCGCCAUCCCACUAAACAAUUCAUACGCGGGAAACCCAUACGUUGGGGUUAUAAAUUCUGGGUUGGGGCAACACGAUUGGGAUAUGUAACAUGGUUCGAACCAUAUCAAGGAGCACUUUCUGAACACAAUGUCAAUUCGUAUAAAGGGUUAGGAUUAGGUCCAGGUGUAGUUUUGCGCUUUACCGAUGUUAUCCAGAAAUCAAAGCCACUUAUGACGUUUCAUUUGUACUUUGAUAAUUUUUUUACAACUCUGUCUUUAUUGGAUAUUCUUUCACAAAGGGGUAUAAGGGGCACAGGAACUGUUCGUGAGAAUAGAUUAGGCGUAUGUCCCAUAUCCUCUUCAAAUAAUUUAAAGAAAGGUCCAAGAGGAAAGUUUGAAUUUGCAUAUGCCACAUCUCCCACCUCGACAUUAUUCGUCUGCAAAUGGAACGACAACAAUGUGGUUUCAGUUGUCAGUAACACAAGUUCUGCCGAACCAGUGCGUCAAGUGAAGCGCUAUUCUCAAAAAGAAAAGAAAAACAUACAAAUUGACCAACCAGAUCUAAUAAAAAGCUAUAAUUCCAAUAUGGGCGGAGUUGACCGAUCUGACCAAAAUAUUGGACUAUAUCGAGUUUCAAUACGGGGGAAAAAAUGGUAUUUUCCUCUCAUCUCUCACUCUGUCGAUAUGUCAAUUCAGAACGCCUGGCAACUACACAGAAUUCAAGGAGGUAAAAUGGAUCAGCUAAGUUUUAGAAGAGCAAUCGCCACUAACAUCCUAGAAACACAUAGAAGACCUCCGAAAAGAGGACGCCCACGAUCAUCAAACAAUGCUCAUGCGUAUUCCCGCUUUGAUAGAGUAGACCAUGUUAUAGUAUACCAGGAAAUGCAAACAAGAUGUGGUCAAUGCCACAAGAAGGUUCAAUUUAGAUGCGAGAAAUGCAACAUUGGCCUCCACCCAAAACAAUGUUUUAAAGAUUAUCAUAUACAAUAAAUA